UCGAUGCCUCGCGGACCCCCUAGGAAACCGAAACAAUCGGGCCACGCUCUGUGGGUGGGAAAUCUGCCUCCUAAUGCGUCGAUCGCCGACCUUAAAGAUCAUUUCUCGAGAGAAGCGACUGGGGACAUUGAGAGCGUGUUUCUCAUCUCAAAGAGCAAUUGUGCCUUCGUCAAUUAUCGAACCGAAGCAUCGUGCGUCGCUGCAAUGCGUAGGUUCCAUGAUUCACGCUUCCACACCAUACGGCUUGUUUGUCGCUUGAGAAAGAGUUCCGUGGCUUCGCCCAUUACCCCUUCUACACCUGCGUCAUCUGUAUCUCCCGGGCCAUCUUCGUCACAACCAGAAACAGAUGCAGCGAACGAGACAGCGCCAGACCAGGGAGAAGAGCAGGCCGACGAAGGCGUGGACGAGGUUAACGAAGCACCGCAGUCGGAAGAGGCUGAGUCGCCGUCGCCGGGAAAUACAUCUAGAAAGUCGAUUGAGAGUGGCGCUGAUAGAUACUUCAUCGUCAAGAGCUUGACCCUUCAGGAUCUCGAAUCGAGCGUGGUGACGGGAAUUUGGUCGACCCAGGUUCACAAUGAGAAGACAUUCAACAAAGCUUUCGAGACGGCACCGAAUGUUUGGCUAAUAUUCAGCUCCAACAAGUCCGGCGAGUACUUUGGAUAUGCCCGAAUGGCAUCCUCUGUCGGCGCCGAUUCGGAGGAACUUCUUUCCAAGCUAUCGAGAAAUGAAGAGGAAGUUCCCGAGUCAGAUGCGCCUCUCUCAUAUAUCACAACAUCAACGGAAACGGCACCUAGGGGUCGGGUCGUGGACGACAGCGCACGUGGAACGAUAUUUUGGCAAAGGGAGGAUGAAGAUGCAGAUUUCACGGCGGAUGAUGAUCUCCCGACCGAGAGCCGCAGCGACCCACCGGCGUCCAGCCCGAUCGCCUCGUCGUCGUCGUCAACGCUCCAGGAAUGGGGCAGGCCGUUUCGGGUGGAAUGGAAAACCACCACUCGAGUGCCCUUCUACCGAGCCCGCGGGCUGCGCAAUCCGUGGAACUCCAAUCGCGAAGUCAAAAUCGCGAGAGAUGGCACGGAACUGGAGACAAGCGUGGGCAAACGGCUAGUGGACCUGUUCCAUGCCAGAAUUCCUUCCGGGGCUCCACCGAUGCCGCCCACUCGGGGCGUAUCAGAUCCGACAAUGAGGAUGGGAUAGACGGCGGAUUGCGAAGUCGGUUAUCAUUGAAGCCCGCUGGUGAAUACAUCACAGUAUCAAGGAAGGAUAACAUUUACGUAUCACUUUCCCAUAUAAUAUUGGGGCCCUGACGUACAAGCAUCCCGGGUUCCACGGAUUCUCAAUUUCUCAUACAUCUGGCUGGCACCAGCUUAUUAGUCCUUUUUAAAUCAUGUCAGUCUGCAACGAUGACCGUUAUGCAUUAUUGGCUCUCUCUAUCUGAUCUUAAAUAUUUCUCGGACAAUUUCGCCACAGCUUGUCUUGUCAUCGGCUUCCACCACUUCUCGUACUCAACGCGUAGAAGCUGUCAAAGCCCUUCAGUGGGCGGAUUUGUACCGGUAUGGAUUUAAUUACCCGGUGUAGGAGACGACGUCUCGAUUAAUGUAUGUUAAUCCAAUAUAACAAGGUUUCGAUCAGGC